AUGCCGCAUACACCGCAGGUGCCACCACCAAUUAGGCCACCAACCACAAAAAUAAAGAGAACAAAGAGAUCCACCAAGAGGCCUCCUCCAUCACAAGUUCAGAUCCCUGUGUCUCAGACUCCAACUUUGAACACUCAUCAGCAGCCAUCCAAUGCAUUUGUUAGGCCACCCACCGUGUCCCCACAUACAAUGCAAGGAGCCAGUGCAGCAGAUGUGAUGGCUCCAGGCGUUGGCAUUUUAGUUGCCAUGAUUCCCAAAAAUGAUGAACCAGGAAGUAUUCCAAUAGGGAAAAAACCCUCCUUAUUUGGCAUAAUGUCAGGUACAUCUAUGGCUUGCCCACAUGUUACAGGUGCUGCUGCUUUCAUUAAAUCUGUUCAUGAAAUGUGGAUUCCUUCAAUGAUCAAAUCAGCAUUGAUGACAAUAGCUACAACAUACAAUAACUUGAGGAAGCAUGUGACCAAUAGCUCAAACUUGUUUUCCUCCCCACAUGAAAUGGGAGUUGGGGAAAUUGAUCCACUUAGAGCUCUCAACCCUGGCUUAGUCUUCAAAACGGAAUUAGAAGACUAUCUCAAAUUUCUUUGUUAUUAUGGCUAUUCAAAGAAAAACAUAAGAUCAAUGUCUAAGACUAACUUCAACUGCCCAAAGAACUCCUCUGAAGAUCUUAUAUCCAAUAUCAACUACCCAUCAAUAUCUAUAAAAACACUUGGUAGGCAUCAGAAAGCAAAAGUAGUCACAAGAACAGUCACAAAUGUGGGACCCACUAAUUCCACAUAUAUUGCAAAGGUGCAAGCACCAAAGGGAAUGGUUAUCAAGGUUAUCCACAAUAAGCUUUUGUUUUAUGGGGGUAUUCAAAAGAGAUCUUAUCAAGUCUUAUUCUACAACAAUGAUGCACAAAGUGGAUACAAUUUUGGGUCUAUAACUUGGCUUGAUGGUAAACAUUAUGUUCAUACAAUAUUUGGAGUCAAUACUAAAUGAAGAUAAACAUAAAUACGCUCACAACAUACUCAUAUAUAUAGUAGUCUU